AUUCGCAUUCACUACGAAUAGGUAUAGGAUGUCCAUUCUAUAUUCUACAAGCGCAUCAUCAAUCUUGACUCUCCUCGCCCAUCUAGGGACCAGAUUCUUCAUCUUUUCAGCAAUGAUACCCCGAUAGCCCUAUUGAUAUCGAAUAUCAAGACAACGUCUACGUAGCACGCAUUGUCCUCCGUGACCCGAACUUCGACGACAGCAUUCUUCUACUUUCACCCACAUCGGUCGAGACUCGAGACUGUGGGAUCCAGGCCAUUGCUCUGAUUUUGAGAGUGCGGUGGGAGGCCGGAGGUUGAGUAGUGGACAAGCGCAGUGGAUGUCAGGAUCUUGGGCGUGGGGAGAGACAGGAGACGAUUGACACUAUGGCCUCGCGACAUUCUGUGGACAGCCUUUCACCCAUCUCCCCAUCUUUUUCGCGGAAUGAAUACCCAUUUCCAAGGCCCGGAUCAAGUGGGAGAUAUCAACCUAGGAGAGGCUCGACGGCCAGUUCAAUACAUUCGAUCGGCGGCACAUUAGAUACAGCGACCCAUUGGCACGGCUUGAACGAAUCAAGCCAAAAUGCUAUAUCUACGCUCCUCCAACCUCCAAUUGUCCGGACGGGUCUCAUUCCCCAUACCUCGGCCCCAGCUUCGAGCGCACAUAAACCUCCCACGGCACGCGAUAUCCCGCCAGUCACACUCACAAAUAUUACAAGCGUGGACCCCUCAGAAUUCAAACCUUAUCUAACUCAGGUGGGAAGUCUAUAUGAUGCCUUACAGCGUGCUCGGGAGAAAGAAGAUGAAGCCGGCGUUCAAAAUCUGCGAAAAGGCAGCAGAGCCGAUGAUUUUUCGGAUAUCCUAGAGCCAGAUCGCAGGUUUUCCAUUCGCCCAAAUCUUUCCAGACAAGCUUCUCUAGCUUCCUUAGUAUCAUCUAUUGAAAGUCCAACAAUUCGAAGGAGAUCAAGUGGAGGGCCUGGACGACGCGCAGCUCAGGCGCCGACACCUUUAUCCACGAUACCCGCUGUCUACUUUGAAGAAGACUUUCAUCUCGAAAACCCGCGGACCUUUGACGUGGUCAGCGAACGCUCGGAAGUGGUCAAACCGACGCCUGGAUCCCCUGAUGAGCGUCGAGCCUCAAAUGGCAACGCAAUUGGGCCGAGAAAAGCACUGGCAACGAAUGCGAUUUUGCAAGAGAAGUUGUCCUGGUACAUGGACACUAUUGAAGUACACCUGAUAUCUUCGAUAUCUACGGCGUCGACGUCCUUUUUCGCUGCUUUGGGGUCUUUGCGAGAGCUUCAUGCGGAGGCGGCCGAUUCAGUGAAGCGCAUAAGAACAUUACGAAAGGAGUUAGAGACACUAGAUGAAGAAAUGGCAAUUGGCGGUCUGAAUAUUGUUAGAAAGAAACGUCGGCGAGAGAAUCUGAAACAAUUAAGCGAUGCUGUCCAGCAGUUGAAAAAGAUAGUCCAAGUGGUGGGAAACUGCGAAGCUUUAGUCGAGGAGGGUCUUGUCGAGCAAGCCUUGGACAAUAUUGACGCCUUAGAAAAGCUCAUAGCCGGCGAGGAAGAAAGCGAGGUUGCCUCUAAGACAGCAAGACUUCGGGAUCUCAGAGGGGCGACAGCCUUGAAAGGGGUCAACAACGACCUUGAUACAUUACGCUUACGAAUCGGCAAGGUCUACGAGAAUCGAUUCCUGAGUGCAUUGAUUGGUGACCUGCGGCAUCAUGUCGAAAGCGUCUCUACUUCAGAGACAUUGCAACGAUGGAGUAGCGCAUCACAACGCUCACGACACCAUAAUCGAGAACCGUCCGCGUUCCCUGCUUAUCUCGCCAUGAGUGACACUUUCAGAUCGGAAAUUUUGGCCAAUCUUGGUGGUCUUCACCGUGCUCGUCACACCUCACCAGCAACGACAGCCUAUCGCGAGUCAGUAUUACGAGAAGUGCGAAAUAUCAUUCGGCGCCCGCUACCAGCGUCAAAUGAUGAUGAUGCAGAUUCGAUUAUGUCUGCUUCGACCAUUGGUGGAAGCAAACAGAAGACUCAGCAAGAGAAGUCGACGAUCUUAGCGCGCAACCUGAGAGCUCUCGAACCAGAAGAAGCUGAGGAUCUUCUGAAGAUGACAUACAUAGGUGUUGGCGAAACGUUGCGAAGGCUUGGGACUCAAGUGAAGGUAUUACUAGAUGUUACUAGUACUCUGGGUGAUCCUUCAGUUUCGGGUUUAAAAUCACCUCCUCGAAGUCCCAACAUUGCGGCACUCGACGGUCGGCUACUUCAGAAGUCGUCGAAGACCAGUUCUAGCAGGGAAUUCCAGGAAGAGAUGCAUCAAACACUUGACAUGUCAAAUCUUCUCGGCCAGGCUGUCGACAUAGCACAAGAUAAAAUAGUGAAAGUCCUUCGGGUGAGAUCUGAACAAAGCACUCGUCUUUCAGUGGAAAAUUUCCUUCGCUACUUCACAUUGAAUCUCCUCUUCGCCAAUGAAUGCGAAGCAGUGUCUGGAAGAAGUGGGACUGCGUUGAAGAAUGUUGUCAAUGGCCAUAUCAAAGAAUAUGUGCAACAGCUCAGCGAAAAGCAACGACAGGCUCUUGCAACUGGCAUGGAAGCUGAUCCGUGGAACACAAGAGACUUUGCGGAUGGCGAUAAGGAGGAACUCGCACGGAUUCUUUCUGCAAGUACUGAAGAUGCAGAAGCAUGGACGUCGGGGCACAAAAUCUGGAAUCCUUCAUCUGUGUCGACCGCGCCAAUGAACGCCAGCAACCUAUCUCUGAAUAUCCCUCAAACCAACGGGACAUCAGGAACCUCCACUCCAUCGUCAAAGACCACCGUCCGCCCCGCGACCAUUGAGGGUGAAUCGUUCCUACUCCCUGUAUCCGCAAUACUCUGCCUUCAUGGCCUCUCUUGCUUCUUACAUCUGAAUACUGGGAUACCAUCCAUGACUUCUGAGAUUGCGACUUCUGUUCUCUCGUAUCUUACACUUUUUAAUUCUCGCUGUACACAACUCAUCCUCGGGGCAGGUGCUACUCGCUCUGCCGGUUUGAAGAACAUCACCACCAAACAUUUGGCCUUAGCAGCUCAGGCACUAUCUUUUAUUAGCAGCUUGAUACCUCACAUCCGCGAGUUUGUGCGCCGACACUCAGGAACUGGGUCAGCUGUAUCGUCGCUCAUGGGUGAAUUUGAUAAAGUGAGACGGGCUUACCUCGAGCAUCAGCAAUCUAUAUAUGACAAAUUAGUCGAUAUUAUGGCUGGCCGUGCUACAGCUCAUGUCAAGGCCAUGAAACUAAUUUACUGGGAGAAGGGUGGAACAUCCGUCAAUGCUUACAUGGAGACUUUGACAAAAGAAACCACAACUUUACACCGCGUCUUGAGUAAACACCUUCCGGAGAUGACUGUCAGAAUGAUCAUGGACCCUGUAUUCAAGAGCUACAAGGAGCAAUGGGGCAAGGCUUUUGGGGAUGUGGUGUUGGGGAGCGAGGAUGCUCAAAAGCGAAUGCUUCGAGAUGCCGAGCACUUCCGGAAUCGGAUUGGUAAUCUAGAAGGUGCAGGCGAUGCUGGAGAGUACCUUGUCAAUCUUGUGAAGGGAAAGAGCAUUCCGAGAGCAACAGCUACAAUAUCGACUCCUUCAGAAACCACAAAGCAAAGCGCCAUGGACGGAAAGACCAUUACUGAGACUAACAAGCAAGCCAGCAAUGGUGAGACUUCCGAACAGGUCGAAAGCAAGUAGCAAAUCUGUGGAGAUGAAUUUAGAACUGCCUCUCUCGCGAGUUUCCGCUCGGGUUUAUCAAUCAUCUCAAGAGGAAAAAUGUAUAUUUCAUGAUUGAAGCACGUGCAAGUGCCUCAUGGGUCGAGGAGUUCACCGAGACUCCCUAACCACCUACCAU